UCCUCUCUCGUAAAUCAGCGUUUGUUUACUUUACAUUUCGUUACUUGGUCCAAUUUGUUCGCAGUUACUUACUGGUUGGCAGACUUUGGACGAUCGAGGAUCGAUCUUCGAAUAUCUCAGUUGCAGCAUGGAGCAAUUGAAGCCCAACUUAGUCAAAGUUGGACUAUCUGGAAGCAAUAUUGACCUGGAGCAAUCAGUUCAACCGGAACCGUCACACUUCUGGCAAGAUUUGGAACACUUUAUCCGGAACACCCACUGGGCUUGGCUGGUGGUGCUAGCUUCGCUGCUGCUUCUGUUUGCCUUUCUGGUGGCCGGAUUUGUGCUGGCCACCGUUGUUUUGCUGGUAACGUUCUACCUCUUCAUCUGCGAGCAGAAUCACAUCGAAUCGCUCGAGUACAGCUGAGUCCAACGAUCAAAGGCGGGAUUAGCAGCGGAAAAAGUGUGUCGUUUUGCCUCGUAGUUUGCAAUACUUUUAAUUGAAUCAUCCCCUUUUGGCCAGGAAAUUUGUGAUUAAAAAAUUAUGAACCAUUCA